UCAAGCUUGUCUGGACUCUGGGAACAUUGAAAACGCUGCAGAGAUCUUCAACCAAAUGAAGGGCUUCCGCUUUCCCAAUCUGGUUGCUUGCAACAUAAUGUUGAAAGCUUAUCUGGAAAAUGGUUUCUUUGAGGAAGCAAAGAAGCUCUUCCAGAAGGGGCCCUGAUAACAGGGGUCUAGUGGUACCGGAUAUCUGCACAUUCAACACCAUGUUAGAUGCAUGCAUUGCGGAGAAGAGAUGGGAUGACCUUGAGCAUGUAUAUAAAAAAGUGUUGCAGCAUGGAUUCCAUUUCAAUGCAAAACGCCAUAUCCAAAUGAUAUUGGAUGCUUCAAGAGCUGGAAGGGUAGAGCUACUGGAAACAACUUGGAAGCACCUUGUGCAGGUGAACCAGGUAGAUAAGCAAUUUGAAAUAUCAUCAAGUCAUUGAGUAAUUUACUCUUGCAAUUCAAAAUUUUUUUAUCAUGUGAUAAUAUGUUAAUUUAUUUGUAUACGUCAAUAAUAACUGUUUGUAUAUGAAGUAUUAGUAUAUAAUAUUGUCUUUUGAA